AUGUCAAGUUUAGAUUCAUCCUUGAUGAGGCAGCUGAGUAGGAAGCAGGGCUGGAAAUCAAGAUCCAAGAGGUGGGGUAUGAAGCAAAUGGAGAGUGGGUACAGUUUGUAUGGUGGGGUUUUAGUGGUGAAGAAGAGAGUAAUGGUGAUUGUUGAACAGAGCACAGAGUCAAAACAUGCUAUGAUGUGGGCAUUAACACAUGUCACCAACAAAGGGGAUAUACUCACUCUUCUUCACAUUUUGCCUCCAAAUGCUGCUACUCAGUCUUACUCUUCUUCUUCUUCUUCUUCUUCUUCUUCUUGUGCAAGCCCUCACCUUGCCACUACACUUGCCUCACUCUGCAAAGCAUCCAAGCCAGAGGUUGAAGUAGAAGCACUGGUAAUCCAAGGACCAAAAAUGGCCACAGUAAUGAGCCAAGUGAAAAAGCUAGAAGUUUCUGUGCUGGUUUUAGGUCAAAAGAAACCCUCCCCACUACUCAAUUGCUUUUGUUUCAGAAGCAAGACAGAUGAAUUUGUGGAAGAAUGCAUAAAUACUUUGGAGUGCUUAACAAUUGGAGUCAGAAAACAGAGCAAUGGAAUUGGUGGCUACCUUAUCAGCACCAGAUGGCACAAGAAUUUCUGGCUUCUGGCCUAAAAUAAAAUAAUAACUUUUUAUGAAAUUAUUUUGGAAAAUAAUGUAAUUUCGUUGGAAAAAUAUUGUGUAGAGUACUUAUGUGGUAUUGGCACGAAGGAGAAUAACAUCAGUUGUAAUAUUUAGUUAUUUACCUCUUCAAACAACUACUACUAACUAGAUCUCUUGUAUCAUCUUGGAAUAUAUAUUAUCUAAUCCAUUUAUGUGUGCAAUGCAAUGUCUUCUGCUUUUAAUUUGCUAGUGUUCGACAAGAUUGAAAUUUUCUUCCUACAAAGUGCAAGAAAAAGCUACUAGUAGAAAAUUGCCUAAACUUUCUCACUUUUAUGGGGUAAUUUUAAUUUAAAAAGAUUAUCACAAGGGUAUCUUGUAACUUGGCAAGACAAUAGGGUAAUAAUUUAUGAUCAU